UUCGUUCGUAAGAAUCUCACUGCAACAGAACAGUUACUCUCUCUCUCUCUCUCUCUCUCUCUCUCUAGAAUCGACCUAUCUGCAAGUUUGCAAGAAUAACAAUGGAAUUGUUCUUUUACCUGGUGUUUGGGUGUCUUGCUGCCAUAGUGGCAGCUCUGGAGCUAAGCAAGAACAACAAAGAUCGGAUCAACACAUCUCAGCCAUUCAAUUCCUUCAAGAACAAUUACCUUCUUGUCUACUCUCUCAUGAUGGCUGGGGAUUGGUUGCAGGGACCAUAUGUGUACUAUUUAUACAGCCAGUACGGGUAUGGGAAAGGAGAGAUUGGACAACUCUUCAUUGCAGGUUUUGGAUCUUCCAUGUUGUUUGGGACAAUUGUUGGAUCUUUAGCUGACAAACAGGGUCGGAAGAGAGCGUCUGUGACUUACUGCAUUACCUACAUACUGAGCUGCGCUACCAAGCAUUCUCCCCUAUACAAAGUUCUGAUGUUGGGUCGCGUUUUGGGUGGUAUUGCGACUUCUCUUCUCUGUUCCGCAUUUGAGUCCUGGCUUGUGGCAGAACACUUUAAGAGAGGGUUUGAUCAACAAUGGUUGUCACUAACAUUCUCAAAGGCAAUAUUUCUUGGCAAUGGUCUAGUUGCUAUUGUUGCUGGGUUGUUCGGAAACCUGCUAGUUGAUAGCUUGAAUCUUGGGCCUGUAGCACCUUUUGAUGCUGCUGCAUGCUUUCUCGCAAUUGGGAUGGCCAUUAUUUUAUCGUCAUGGACUGAGAACUAUGGAGAUUCUUCAGAGAACAAGGACUUGCUUACCCAAUUCAAGGGUGCAGCUGUGGCCAUUGCUUCAGAUGAGAAGAUUGCAUUACUGGGCGCGAUACAGUCCCUCUUUGAAGGUUCAAUGUAUACCUUUGUGUUCCUUUGGACUCCUGCUUUGAGUCCGAAUGAGGAGGAUAUUCCACAUGGUUUCAUUUUUGCUACUUUCAUGUUGGCAUCUAUGUUGGGAAGCUCAUUUGCAUCUCGCUUGAUGGCCCGCUCGUCUCCUAAAGUUGAGAGCUACAUGCAGAUUGUAUUUGUAGUUUCUGCCGGCUCUCUACUGCUUCCCAUUUUGACAACCUUCAUGGUCGCUCCUUCUACCGCAAAGGGUGGAGGCAUCUCUUUUUCAGGUUGUAUCCAACUUCUUGGCUUCUGUACCUUUGAAGCUUGUGUGGGGAUAUUCUGGCCGUCCAUCAUGAAGAUGAGGGCCCAAUACAUUCCAGAGGAGGCCAGAAGCACCAUCAUGAACUUCUUCCGCAUUCCUCUCAACAUAUUUGUGUGCGUUGUGCUAUACAAUGUUAAUGCAUUCCCGAUCACUGUUAUGUUCGGCAUGUGCUCGAUUUUCCUCUUUGUGGCAUCUAUCUUGCAGAGGCGCCUCUUGGCUAUCUCAGAUAAGACAAAGACUGAAGAUUGGACUGCAUUGAAGGACAAGGAUGCUGAAGCAGAACCGUUGAACGACGCUUGAUGUCAGAAAGUGGGACCAACAAAAAACAUGGGUUGGUUGAAAAUCACCACCUAAUUCAUGCCAUAAAUUGUUGCUGGUUUUGAUUCGAGGUACAUUAGAUUUAAUGGCGAACGUCACAACUUAUAAGGGGGGGAAAAUUAGCAGGCGCCGCAGUGAGCAAAGAACCAGAAAUGGUAGGGAAGAAAGUUACGAAUUGUUUCUUCGGCUGUGGUUAAAGCCACCCCCUGUUUAGAUUAAAUUCUUCUUGAGCUGUAACCAGUUAGCAAUUAAGGUUCUCUUUUGUAAUUUUGAUGUUUUCUUUUUCCUAAUAUAGGUCUUCAAAUUGUACGGAUUUCGAACUCUAAUUUUGUUUUGUUUUGUUUUGUUUUGUUUUCACUCCUUUUAUCUUUUGGGGUAGUGUGGAAACUACACUACUGAUUCUUUUACAGCAAUAUUGUGAUUCAUUAUUUUUGAGCUUGUAGUGCAUGUGGAACAUUAAAAUAAAUGUCAGUUAUCAUGUAUUUUUGGGGAGUAGGAAUUUGAUUA